AUGUCAGGUAAGAAUUUUUUCCAUCUCGUCAUUCAGAAGGACCCUUGCUUUGGGGGCCCUCGGAGUGAUAGAGUCAAAAAUGUGUGUGGGAAUCAAGUGACUCAGAAACCAGAGAGGAUUGGAGAAUGCCCCGGAUCCCUCAGGAGAGAGAAGUGUGCAGCAGAGUGGACAAAACGGCAAGACCUCUGCCUAGGCCACAUCCCGAACCCUGAAGCCACUGCCAACUGCUUGGCCGAAGAAACUGCCAACCAGACUGCCGAAGGUGGUGGAGGCCUCCUUGCCAAGGCCCAUGGUUCAAAAGCCACUCCACACUUCUACCCCGAAGCUGUUGCCGCCCAUGUGUGGAGUCCAGAUAUCACCGUGUGGGCAGAGCCACUCCACACUUCAACCCCUAAGUCGGUGUCGCCCCCUUUGUGGAGCCCGGAUAUCACAUUCUGGGCAGAGCCACUCCACACUUUUACCUCUCCAGGUGGAGAGCUGGAGGAUUCAGCAGAUGGCGUCUCAAAGUCACAGGAGCCUGGCACUUUGGGCAGCAACAUUCCUGGAAUUCCACAGCUACUGGAGGCAGAGCUGGACAUAAUAAAUCCUGUGCAGCGACGUAGGAGUAGGCGGAUGGAGCAGAAAAAAGGCAAACCCCAGCAUAGCCCCCAUCGGCGCCUCCCCACAACAAUGGGUCCCCACGGCCCACGCCAAGCAGACAUCUUUGCAGGAAGCCCCGGUGGGUUCCGUAGACCGCAGAGCCAACCAACAGCUUCCUCCAAGCAUGCGCAUUGUGACACUGCUGAAUGGCUUUUCUCACGCUCUCAUAGAUUCAUAGGGAUAGAGAAUGAUACGUCUAUGGUUCAGCUGCGGGAUUCGCGUGAGGUCUCGGAGGCGGGGCCAAGACGGUGGGACAAGCCAGUCAGCAGGAGUGCAAACUGCUUGAUCACUGGUGAGUUUGAGUCUUUUGUUCAUUUUCUUCCAGAUGAUGAUAACUUAGACCUGUUAGCCUCCCUCUUAGAAGAGAAUGAGGCAUCUGCAGAGCAAGUUUCUGGAGAGAAUGGAGUUUACGUGGCUGCUUCUGGAGAUCCAGACGAGUACGAUGAGCUCUUUGAUGCAGAAGACGACGAGUCCUACACUGAGGAGGUGGGGGAUGAUGAGAGAGAAUCCCAUGACCAGACGGAAAAUGUGGCUGAGUUGUUCGGAGAUGUGGGUGACCUGUCAGAAGAGGAGGAAGAGGCAACAACUGUACAAGGGACAUCUCAGCCUCUCGCUGUUGAUCAGGCAAAGGAGAAGGCCAAUCAACAUCUGCAAGAUGAGCUGAGAAAAUUGCAAGAGCAGAUGAAGAAACUACAGGACCAAUUACAAAUGACAGCCAUAGGACAGCCAGUUAACACUGCCCCUAGCAAGAAAAAGUCUGGCCAAUCACCUGCUGCCCCCUUAAUGGAAAGAAAGCUUCCCAAACUCCAAGAGUCACCGUGUUUCUCAGCCCAGCUCAACUGUCCCGCUUUGCCACCAUCCAAAGGCCAGUGCCAGAAGCCGAAACCUUCACUUCCAGGGAAUAAAAGCCCGGCUCCAAAGCCAGCUCCAACUUUGGUGCCUCAGCCUCUGAAGUCUGUCACUGGGAACAGACCCGGUGUGGGCCCCAGUCAGAAAUCUCAAGCCCCAAAGAAUUCUGGUGUAAUUCAUCAAGACGUCUCCUUGGAAGUCUUCUCUGGGCUGAGGUUAAGGACACCCCGUGUAUCCUCGGUUGAGAUGGAAAGGAAAAUGGCAGGCCGGACAUUUAUUAGACUUUCCCAGUUACAAGACAAACUUGCCUCCGUAAACCUCGAGGAAACAGACUGGGUAACAUUUGGAGUCAUAUUAAAGAAAGUCACUCCUCAGAGCUCUAAUAAUGGCAAAACCUUCAGCAUCUGGCGCUUGAACGACCUCCGAGACUUCAGCCGAUGUGUCUCAUUAUUUCUGUUUGGCGACGUUCACAAAGAGCACUGGAAGACAGACCAAGGGAUGGUCAUCGGGCUACUCAAUGCCAAUCUCAUGAAACCGAAAGAAGGAUCAGAUGAGGUGUGCGUGUCUGUCGAUCAUCCGCAAAAGAUCUUGCUUUUGGGCAAGGCCAUGGACUUGGGAACCUGCAAAGCUCGGAAGAAAAAUGGGGAGCCCUGUACACAGAUUGUUAACCUGAAUGAAUGUGAAUAUUGUCAGUACCAUGUGCAGUCCCAAUACCGAAGGCUCAGUUCCAAGCGGGCAGACCUGCAAUCAACUUUCUCAAAUACCCGGGCUCCAAAAAGGACCGCGAAGAAGAACGUCAGCUUGAAAGAAAGGCUUUGUCAAGAGGGGUUUUACUACGGAGGGGUUUCUUCAGCAGCGUAUGCGGCUUCAGCUGCAGCAGCUGCCGCUCCCAAGAAGAAAAUCCAGACCACUCUGUCCAAUUUGGUUGUCAGAGGAGCUGAUGCAAUCCUGCAGGAAACAAAGCAAAGGAUGGGUUUGCCAAAACAGCCUUUGCCGUGUUCGGAAGAAUUCAAAGAGCUGUUGUCGGCGCCCUCUUUCGGAGCACGAAACCUAAAUAAACACUUAGCCAAAGCUAGUGCAUCAGUAUCUGUUGGGAAGCAAGGCCCGGCUUUCCAGUCCAUUUCUGCUUCAGCGCUGCUGAAGCAACAAAAGCAGCAAAUGCUAGAAGUCAGGAAAAGAAGAUCCGAAGAGCUGCAAAGGAGGUUUCUUCAAAAUACAAGUAGUGAAAGUAGGGCAGUAAUACCGUCUUCCUCAGGGCCAUCUACGGUUCGGUCGCCAACUCCAGGGGCCAAGUUUCCAAAAACUGCAAAACUGUCAAGUCCCCAAACGCCUAGACUUGCUGCAGGCUUCUCUGAAGAAGAAGAUGUCCUCUUCUUUGACAAUUUGCCUCUUCCAGCCCCCAAACUGAAUGGUUUGGCAGAAGCUAAAAAGAUGGCAGCUAUAAAUAAACUGCGUGCAAAAGGCCAGGUCCUCUCUAAAGUGGACCCAAACGGUAUAAAACGGAAACGAUCCGAUCUUGAUGUUUUGGAGAUCGCGGAGAGAGUUGAGAAAAAUAUCCCUGUUUCAGAAGACACUGAUGCUGCUGAACCUGCUGAAAAGAAACGGCGCCAGCAGCUUGCCUAUUUGGAGUCUGAUGAAUUUCAAGAGAUCUUGAACGCGAGAUCCAAACACACGGGUGUCCUUAAGGAGUUUGAGGCUGAGUUGCAGGAACGCUAUUUUGAUCCCUUGGUGAAAAAGGAGCAGAUGGAAGAGAAGAUGAGGAGCAUCCGAGAACUGAAAUGUCGUGUUGCGACGUGCAAAACCUGUAAGUAUACCUAUUUCAAACUACUGGAUUCAUGUGUGGAGCAAAAUCACGACUACCACUGGCAUGACGGGGUGAAGCGAUUUUUCAAGUGUCCGUGUGGGAACAGAGCCAUAUCGCUGGACAAGCUUCCGAAAAAACAUUGCAGCAAUUGUGGCCUUUUUAAAUGGGAACGUGAUGGAAUGCUAAAGGAGAAGAAAGGUCCCAAGAUUGGUGCAGAAACUCUUUUACCAAGAGGGGAAGAACGAGCUAAAUUCCUCAACAGCUUGAAAUAACCCCAGGAAGUCUCUCUCCUUUUGAAUUAAUCUCAUGUCUCUGAUAAGGCCCCCAGGCUCUAAAUUUCAAAAUGGAGCACAAGCCCCAUCUUAAAGACUUGGUCACCCAACCAUCUUUCCUCCGCAAAGACUGAAUGAUUGCCUGCUUUGAGCCUUCUUUCUUUCAUUACAAAUGUUGAAAGUAUAAUCCUCCUAAUUUUGGAAGAGGUACCUAUUUUCUUAGACUGCAAAUGGUAUGUUUGCCAUGAAAUUAGAAGACACUUCCUUGGAACUCCAGUGUAAAUGCGGUGUUUCCUCAGGA